ACAGUGUAGAGUAAUGGUCCCUGAGGGUUGUUAUCAGCUGGUGGUGCAACAUUCUUCAACACAACCUGCAACACAGCCUCUGACACAUCCAAGACUCACUCCACCACUCCCUCAACACAGGCUCCAACUCAGCACUCCCUCUCCAACCCAGGAUUCAUUCUCCAACACUGGACUCUGACUCCUGCACACGUUCAAUACCACAGAACUACACCUCCAUAGCUCUUCAGCAGUUUUAUUCAGAACUCUCCAACACAACAAGACUCCAGCACCAGCACAGGACUCUCCAACACAGCAAGACUCAUACGCCAGUACAGGACUCUCCAACACAGCUUCAAGUCCCCUACAUCAACACAGGACUCUCCAACACAGCUUCAAGUUCCCUACACCAACACAGGACUCUCCAACACAGCUUCAAGUCCCCUACAUCAACACAGGACUCUCCAACACAGCUUCAAGUUCCCUACACCAAUACAGGACUCUCCAACACAGCUUCAAGUCCCCUACAUCAACACAGGACUCUCCUACACAGCUUUAAGUCCCCUACAUCAACACAGGACUCUCCUACACAGCUUUAAGUCCCCUACAUCAACACAGGACUCUCCUACACAGCUUCAAGUCCCCUACAUCAACACAGGACUCUCCAACACAGCUUCAAGUCCCCUACAUCAACACAGGACUCUCCUACACAGCUUUAAGUCCCCUACAUCAACACAGGACUCUCCUACACAGCUUUAAGUCCCCUACAUCAACACAGGACUCUCCAACACAGCUUCAAGUCCCCUACAUCAACACAGGACUCCCCUACACAGCUUUAAGUCCCCUACAUCAACACAGGACUCUCCAAUAUAGCCUUAAAACUACACCAUUACAUUUCUCUCCAACACAGUCUGAAGUCUCCUACAUCAUCACUGGUCUCUUUAACAAACCUUGCACAAUUCCCCCUCUUCAUAGAUGAUGAGAUCUGUCGUGGUAUACAAAAGGAAAUCCAGCGUAGAUAUCAUAUCGGAAGAUGAUUAUUAUACACAGGAAAUGAAGCGCAAGGAGGAGCAAGUGUUCAGCUUUUUUGACCUGCCAUCUCCAAUAUGCUUGGAAGUGGUAUCUCGGCUGAGUCUGCGUGACACGAGAGCCAUUGCUCUAACAUGCCGUGCAGGCUGGUACAUAACAAGAGAUCAACUUAUGUGGAGGCACAAGCUCUGGCUUAGAGCCAAGGUAAUCAACUUAGGCCUGUUUGGACCCAACUUUGAGCCGAAUCCUUUUGCUGGCAUGCUUGUAAGAGAUCCACUUCUUGUCAACAACAAGCUUCUGUAUGAAAUAUUAAAUCCAGAUUCAUGCACUGGUGAAAACCAUGAGGACCUUGACUUUGGCAAUCUUCUGUCCAAAAUGGUUGCACCCACUGGCUCUAUGAGUUUAACUGAGUUAUUUGAAAACCUUUUUAGUUUAUUCAGUAGUGGGCCUCCACAAAAUUCGCCAUCUGAUCCUUUUUCUAAGGGUGAGGGUGCUCCAACCUUCUUACUCUUUGGAAUGCCUGAAACUAAAGUGUCCAAGAGAUUAGCACUUAGUUUCAUUGCUUCUAAAGAUUCCACCUUUGAAACUGUAGGGUUGGUCAAAGGCAAACCAGGUGGAGUGGGAGGUGGUGUUACUGUAAGAUAUGGGCAUAACCUGAUGAAUCUGUUAACAGUUCGGCGUGCACGACCACGACUCCUGGUAGAUGGUCCAAAUGGAACAGCAUUUCAUCCAGAUGUGGCAGAGGUGAUACCACGUGUUGAUGGUCUGAUAUGUUACAUGGAUGCCUCUUGUCAUUGUGAAAAUAGUGAAAACAGUUUACACAAGAGCAAAAUGUUUAACGGCUGCUGCGCUCUCACUCACGCAAUUGAUGUAUUAGAAUUAGAAGCGAUGAUGCGGACAAUUCCAUCUGAUCUCUCGCCACCAAUCCUUGUUCUCUUGGCACACAUGGAUGACCCUCAUCCUUCUUCCGAUGACUCGGAUCUGGAUCACGACGAUUAUGCAAACUUGAAGACUCGAGUGCAUCACAAAUCUCAGACUCGUUUCAGUAAUCAAGUGCGUCAUCGCCCUACGAUGUUAUAUAAUGUUCUUGGCUCUCUGGAUCUUCCGUGGGCUAUAUGUGAAGUUGAAGUUAAGACCCUCGCAGGUGUACACUGUGGUCUUAAUUGGCUUCUACAUCGCACCCUUAAACUCAAGAGUGGUUGAAUAUUGUGUAGAUAUGGCUAGUUUACAAGUUGAUAAAUCUUGCAAUAAGGGAUAUACAUGUGGGUAAGGAUAGUAUUGUACUGCAUGGUAAUGAGAAUUCUGUUUAUAUUGCUGGAUCAUUCAUAUUAAGUACUGUUGGGUUUACACAGUAAUUGGAUUGGUGGCCAUGUGUCUUGUCCUUUACUAGGGAAACCUCAGAGUCCUGAUUUUUUGUCCCCAACAGACUAUACCAUACCUUACUGUUUAAAGGAUGAUGUGAAGGAAGAAUUGUAUAGGAGCUAAUCCACUAUUAUUGGAUGUGUGACAGAGAUGAUUCAACAACACCAUCCAUUAUUAAAACAUUUUAAAACUUUGUGUUGUGAUAAGUCAUACUUAUGCCCCCAAAUAAAUGUGGAUAAUGCAGGGGUAGCAUCUGCAUUUCACUCAGGAGGAUAGGAAAUCAGUUCUCUUACAAUUCCUCUCCCAUUCUAUUAUAUUCACAAUAGUAUUUUUUAUAUAUAUAGGAGGCAUUUGCCUGAAACCUAAAAGGAGGCUUCAGUCACCAGACAAAAUUCAAACUGAAAAUUUUGUGUUCUUGCAAGUACAGUACUUAAAAUAAUGUAAAUGAACAUGUCAGCAUGUUUAUAUUUUCCCUAAUAGAUUUUUUUCACUAUGUUUAUUUGCCAUUUGAAAAUUCUGCAGUUAGCAUAUAUCAAAAGAAAUUAUACAUGAUGAUAGUAACUUUUACAUUGCUAAUAACACUUUAAACUUUUUUGUGGAUGAUUCUGGUGAUCUAAAGACAUAGUAUGGCUUUCGAGCUGGUACAGUAUUUUUAGCUUGGAACUUUAUCAAGAACAUAAAUAUUGUAUAACCAUGAUUCUCUUGUAGGAAUUAACAAAAAUGAGCAUUUUUGUGUAAUUCAGAACACUAAUUUUAAUGCAUCAGUGAAGUUGUACCAUAUAAUGUUGUGUAUUUGUGUAUGUAAACUGGUUUGAAGAAUGAUGUGCGUGAGCCAUGUCUGGCUAAGAAUUUAUAUGUUUAAAUGAUAUUCUAAAGUGAGUAAGUAAAAGGAAAAUUUGUAUUUUGAUAAAUGUAAUGAAACCAUAUGAAUUAAAAAAAAAUGAAAUUUGAAAACCUCUGCAAGAAUGUUUGUUAGAGAUAAGACAACUUUUGUGUCUUACACCUGCAGUAAUCCUGUAGCCAAAACCUGCCACUUAAGAUGGGGAUUACUUUCUUGCCAACACAAUGAUACCGUCCAGACACAGUGACCACCCCAAGGUUAUCAUGCUCACUCAAUUAUGUUUGAAAAUGGCUUAAACAACAAGGAUGUUGAAUGGUCACUUGUAUAACUUUUGUCUUUAGGCUAAAACAGGAUAAUUUUUCUAUAUCUGAGAAAACUGACUCGUGAAAUCAUAAUAACGCGAUUGCAAACAAACCCUGGAACGGAUGGGGUUUGAACUUGUGGUCUCUAACCCCACCUGUUCUGUGGUCUGAGAAAACUGCUCCAUGAAAUGCAGAAACUAUAGCAGCUUCUGAGGACAUUUUUGUGCUUUAAGUGCAAGGAAGGUGUCCAAAUGGGAAAUAUGUACAGUACAUGAAAACAUUACCAAAAUUAUCUAUUCAUAUUAAAUCCUGUAGCACUGUAGUUAUAAUAGCUUGAAUAAAAAGUACAAAAAUGUAGUUUGGUACAGUUAAUGUAUUAUAUAAAUUUUAAAGUCAUUACAUUUAGAUAUAAAAUGACAAUAUCACAUAAGUAUUGUUUUAUGCAUAAAAGUAAGGACAUAUAAGUGCUAAUAUGCUAUUUUAUUAUGAAGUUGUCAUUUAUAAUUUUCAGAUCAGUUGCUGCUGUGAUUCAUGAUCAAUGUAAUUACUACAGAAUUUCCAUUUGACUCGAUACCCUUGCACUUCACAAUCUUCCACCUGUGGUGUCUCCAACCCUAUUUAAAUAUGUUUUCUAGUCAUUUUUCCCAAACAGUGUCUCUCAUCCUCACCCAUAGCAGUCCUCUUUGUAUCUGCAGACCUUGUCACACUUUUUUUUUGUGACUGCUCCAAAGAGUAAUUUUUAAGUAAAUUUUUAUAUUUGCAUAGUAAAUUUUCGUGUAUGCCUUUCUUUUUAUUUUUAUAUUUGCAGCUAUCCUACACAAAGUAGUUAUUUUUUUCUAUUUAUUUUUAUGAUUUUUUAAGAUUUUUGUUAUCCUUUUAAAACAAAACUUUAUCAACCCAUAAAGAAGUUUGCUACUUUUUUUAAUAUGUAAUAGGCAUUUUUUUAAAUUGGUUAGAGAUCCUUAUUACCUCUAAUUCCACACCAAAAUAUCUAUAGCUUGUGAAGAUGUACCCACUAUUCCAGUAAUAUAUACAUGGAAAAAAAAAACAUAUCAUAUAGCAGUAAUUUAUUUUGUUUCCCUUGACUUUUAAUGAAUUGUCUACUUUCUUGCCUCAGUGGUAUGUUUGUCUUUCACUGCACAGUUGAUAUGCAAUGCUCAAUCAUUCAUAAUUAUGUGUGCUGUAACAGUCUGUAGAAAAAAAAGAAAUUGUUCACAUGUUUUCAGUACUUUAGAGACCCUUGGUGUAUUUUCUGUAAAUGGUGGAAAAAAAUGUAAAAAUUAUCUACAGAUACUUCAAUAAUCUUACCUAAUGGUGUUUCAAGAUAUUUCAGCAUUGAUAUAUGAUGUCUGCUUUUAAAGCAGCUUUCAAUAAUUUAUUUGAAGCUAAGCUUUUCUCUUCUUAUUUUUAGUAAUCUAUACGGGAGAAGGGAGAGACAGCCAGCAUAUUAAAAAACAACAACAAAAAAAUUCUGUGAUUGUGACAGCUUAUACCUGGGGGUCUGAGAAAUGUUGUAAUCUAAGAAAAACAUUGGUGGUUUAUUUAAAAUUAUUGUUUUAAUAUUUUUAUUUAGGGAUGAUUGUAUCAUACCAGCCCUUUAUAAACAAAGCAUAUGUUACUUCAUGAUCAUAUACUUCCUGAAAUGUAAAAUAUAUAGUGGGCCAACACCUGGCUGUUACACUGGUUGUUAACUGGUUCAUUUUUUGUGGCUGAUACACUCAUUCUCUUGGCUACUACACUCUGAUCUUGGCCAAAAGGCUGAGAAACCUUUCAUGUUGAAUGAUCCACAUUGGUUUUUGCGCCACAUGGGAGUAUAAUAACGAUAAUUCUGGCUUCUAUUCUGAUACAUUCCCACAACUCGCUUAUUAACUCCAUCUCGUGUAUUUGUGGACAUACUGUACUUAGCAAGAUGAGUAUGGCAUCUGCUCAGAAGUUUAAGAAACUGAUGACAGUUGUAUUACCCAUGAUAAUUAGGAGAGAUAUUAUCAUUAGGAGAGAUGCUAUUAUUAUUGUGCUCAAAUUGGUUUAUAUUGAGUUUAUACAAGACCAGCAUUUUUAUUAUGGUGUCCUUGUCAAAUAAUUGUUGGGCAUGGCUAUGACACAGUGCAGUAUCUUGCUCUUAAUAUGAAACUGUAUGCUUGCACAAGUUUGUUGCAAGAUAUUCUACAUAAUAAUGAUUACAAAUUAAACUUUGUCUUUUUAAUGUAAAAUGUUGUGCUCAUUUUACAAUGUGUAGGUUUUGUAUGUACCCUCACAUCACUUGUAUAAUGUAUAUAUUUUUUUACUCUUGCAGAGCAGUGAGUACAGCUUAUUUAUGGUGUAUGGGGGUGGAGUGUGGUAUUCUUGCAGAACAGUGAAUACUACUGUUUAGUAUAUGGGGUUUGUUGGAGGGGGGUGUAGUGUAGUACAGUAUUCACACAGGGCAGUGAGUGCUGUGCAAUGUAUGGUGUACUCACCUAUGUGGUUGCAGGGGUCGAGUCAAUGAGGUAUGCUGGCAAAGCAUUAAGUACAGUAUAUUGUUUGGUGUAAAGUGGGGGGUGUAAUAUAGUACUCUUAGGGUAGUGUAUUGUGGUACUCUUGCUGUGCAGUGAGUAUGGUAUUGUAUGGUAAAAUGUAGUGUGUGGUACUCUUGCAGAGCAGUGAGUACAGUAUAUUGUACUGUGGAAAAUGCAGUGUAGUUUGCCUUGUAUUUUUUAAUAAAUAUGUAUUAUAUAUUAAAUUUGUUGAUUUCUUCAAAGUGUACUCUAUGAUUUACUUGAAGGCCAUUUUGUCUUCAGCUGUAAGUUGUUCUAAUCCAUCCUGACGUGAAUAACCCAAUACGCACAAUAUUAUGCAUAGUGCAAAAGAGCUAUACACAAUUUGAAUCAUAAAUACAUGCUUGGAUUAGUAUUGAACAAUUAUCUAAAAUUGGGCAUGGUAUUCAGUCAAAACAAACUUGAUGAAUGCUAGGCAUCAGUGGACGAAUUUUUUAUUUGUUACAGUAUGUGUGUCUAGUAUCAGCCAUAUUGUAUUUUACUGCAUUUUUGAUGCAUAACAAAAUAUACUUUUAUGUUGUAUACGAUACUGAGCAGUUAGCAUAUCAGCUGAGAAAAAGGUGAAUUGAUCAAGUAAUAAAGUGAAGCCCAGUUACCUCCCAGUACUCCAGGUGCUGUAUGACUCCUACAGGUUUAAUGCUUCCCACAUGAAUGUAGUAGUAGUAGUAUAGAUGUAGUUGAUCAGAAUGAAUGUAUUCAGUGUCCCUUCAAGAGGGUGCCCUGUUAUGGUGAAUGGCUCUUUUUUCCAAAGAAUUGGGGCUACUCUCUUUUUCCUUGAUAUCUGUACUGUAAUAAUGUAAGUGAUGGGAUGAAAUGCAGAUAAUAGGUUUAGUGCUUCUUGAACAUAUUAAUAACAAUAAAAGAUAAGAGUCA